AUGGGUCGCUGCAAGAUAGGAGGGCAUGCACAGUCGGAAAGGUGGUGUGGCCCUAGUGGUGUGGGAAAAUCGGACCAGGGGAAGUGGGGCAUUGGAUGGGGGGAAGUGGGGGAUUGGACGGGGGGACGUGGGGGAUUGGACGGGGGGGAGUGGGGCAUUGGAUGGGGGGAAGUGGGGGAUUGGAUCAGGGGAAGUGGGGGAUUGGAUGGGGGGAAGUGGGGGAUUGGAUCGGGGGAAGUGGGGGAUUGGAUCGGGGGAAGUGGGGGAUUGGAUCGGGGGAAGUGGGGGAUUGGAUCGGGGGAAGUGGGGGAUUGGAUCGGGGGUAGUGGGGGAUUGGACGGGCAGGUGUGGUGGAAAGGAAAGGGUAGUGCGGGGAAGGACGAGGUGGAGGGGGGGAAAGGGAGGGUAGGACUGGGGGACAGGGAGGGUGUUUGGGGUGAGGAAAGGGGGAAAGAGAAUGACCAGGGUGGUGAAGGGGGUGAGGAAAGGGGGAAAGAGAAUGACCAGGGUGGUGAAGGGGGUGAGGAAAGGGGGAAAGAGAAUGACCAGGGUGGUGAAGGGGGUGAGGAAAGGGGGAAAGAGAAUGACCAGGGAGGUGAAGGGGGUGAGGAAAGGGGGAAAGAGAAUGACCAGGGUGGUGAAGGGGGUGAGGAAUGGGGGAAAGAGAAUGACCAGGGUGGUGAAGGGGGUGAGGAAAGGGGGAAAGAGAAUGACCAGGGUGGUGAAGGGGGUGAGGAAAGGGGGAAAGAGAAUGACCAGGGUGGUGAAGGGGGUGAGGAAUGGGGGAAAGAGAGUGCGCAGGGUGUAGAAAGGGGUGAGCAGGGUGUAGAAAGGGGAGAAGAGAAUGACCAGGGUGGUGAAGGGGGUGAGGAAAGGGGGAAAGAGAAUGACCAGGGUGGUGAAGGGGGUGAGGAAAGGGGGAAAGAGAAUGACCAGGGUGGUGAAGGGGGUGAGGAAAGGGGGAAAGAGAAUGACCAGGGUGGUGAAGGGGGUGAGGAAAGGGGGAAAGAGAAUGACCAGGGAGGUGAAGGGGGUGAGGAAAGGGGGAAAGAGAAUGACCAGGGUGGUGAAGGGGGUGAGGAAUGGGGGAAAGAGAAUGACCAGGGUGGUGAAGGGGGUGAGGAAAGGGGGAAAGAGAAUGACCAGGGUGGUGAAGGGGGUGAGGAAAGGGGGAAAGAGAAUGACCAGGGUGGUGAAGGGGGUGAGGAAUGGGGGAAAGAGAGUGCGCAGGGUGUAGAAAGGGGUGAGCAGGGUGUAGAAAGGGGAGAAGAGAAUGACCAGGGUGGUGAAGGGGGUGAGGAAAGGGGGAAAGAGAAUGACCAGGGUGGUGAAGGGGGUGAGGAAAGGGGGAAAGAGAAUGACCAGGGGGAAGUGGAGGCGACGGGAGGGGGAAGUGGAGGCGACGUGAGGGGGAAGUGGAGGCGACGGGAGGGGGAAGUGAUGGCGACAGUAGGGGGAAGUGGAGGCGACGUGAGGGGGAAGUGA